GCGACAGGACGUUCUUGUCCCCCGCGCCUGCGCAGUCGCACGGAGCUUUGUUAUUUGGUUUCAGUAUGGCGCUUAGCAAAACGUUUGGACAAAAACCGGUCAAAUUUCAGCUCGAGGAGGAUGGAGACUUCUACAUGAUCGGAUCGGAGGUGGGAAACUACCUCCGCAUGUUCAGAGGCUCCCUGUAUAAAAGAUACCCGUCGUUAUGGAGAAAACUGGCUUCAGUAGAAGAGAGGAAGAAGAUCGUGGAGUCAUCACACGAUCACGGAUACACUCAGCUCGCCACCAGCGUGACUCUGCUGAAGGCUUCAGAGGUCGAGGAGAUCCUGGAGGGGAACGAUGAGAAGUACAAAGCGAUCUCCAUCAGCACCGAGCCCCCCGCCUACCUCAGGGAACAGAAGGCGAAGAGGAACAGUCAGUGGGUUCCCACGCUGCCCAACAGUUCUCACCACCUGGACGCCGUGCCGUGUUCAACCACCAUCAACCGCAGCCGCCUGGGCCGGGACAAGAAGAGGACCUUCCCCCUGUGCUUUGACGACCACGAUCCAGCUGUGAUCCACGAAAACGCCACUCAGUCUGAAGUUCUGGUUCCGAUCCGUCUGGACAUGGAGAUCGAGGGACAGAAGCUGAGAGACGCUUUCACCUGGAAUAUGAACGAGAAGCUGAUGACGCCUGAGAUGUUCGCUGAGAUCCUCUGUGACGACCUCGACCUCAACCCGCUGGCCUUCGUCCCCGCCAUCGCCUCGGCCAUCCGACAGCAGAUCGAGUCGUACCCGACAGACAGCAUCCUGGAGGACCAGGCGGACCAGCGGGUCAUCAUCAAGCUGAACAUCCACGUGGGGAACAUCUCUCUGGUGGAUCAGUUCGAGUGGGACAUGUCAGAGCGGGAGAACUCUCCGGAGAAGUUUGCUCUGAAGCUGUGCUCCGAGCUCGGCCUGGGCGGAGAGUUUGUAACCACCAUCGCCUACAGCAUCCGAGGUCAGCUGAGCUGGCACCAGAGGACGUACGCCUUCAGUGAGAACCCGCUGCCCACAGUGGAGAUAGCCAUCAGAAACACGGGAGACGCUGACCAGUGGUGCCCCCUGCUGGAGACGCUGACAGACGCAGAGAUGGAGAAGAAGAUCAGGGAUCAGGACAGGAACACCAGGCGAAUGAGGCGACUUGCGAACACGGCGCCCGCCUGGUAGAAUCACAGCUGCAGCGCCCCCUGCGGGAUCAGUGCUCGUCUGAUUGAGGUAUGACUCUUGUCAACACCGGCAAACUUAAGACGUCUUCCAUCAUGUUCCGGACGUCUUUUUCUGCUGGUUUCUCAGUCAGACGUCCACUGUGUGUGUUUCUGAUUUGAUUCUUAUUAAUGUUAAUAUCAUGUUCUGUUUGAGUAGAAAUCCUCCCUCCCUCCCCUCCUCCACGUGUUUCCCUCCCGACCCUCGGCGUGGAGAAGCUGCUCCCUCACUUUGACCACUGACUCUGUUUAAUGACCACAGAGGGAGAAGAAGAACACACACCAGGCUCAGAUAAUAUAUUGUUCUGUUGUAUUUGUUGUCUUUUUGUACAUUUUAAUAAUUCUUACAAAAUAAAAAAAAAGUGAACGAG